UCGAAGAAAAAAGACAAUACAGUUUAUGAAAAUUCUCUGUUCCGGUCUCAAAGCUUAGAAAAUAUUAGCAAUCAAGAAACGGCAAGCAGCUCUGAUAAUACAACCAAACAACACGACAAGGAUAUGUCGUCAAGUCAAAUGAUUGACGGACUUCAGCGGGCACCUUCAUUUGUCAUCGUGCCUGAGCCACUGUAUGGCAAUGCCGGUGAUUUCAAAUUAAGAGUUCUUUCAAUACAAAUCCAAGAGUUGCGAAAAUAUACUUCUCUAUCUAAACAAGACCCUACCGAUAUAUUCAGGGAUUUCUACUCUCUGGACACAGGCCUGAAAUACGAAACAUCCGCAGCACGCAGCAAGGUCAAUGUUCCAAAGAACCGAUACAGAAAUAUGUAUCCAUAUGACAAAAAUAGAGUUGUUCUGCCGCCGAUUGACGGAGAAGUAGACUCGGAUUUUAUCAACGCCAGUUUUAUUGAUGGUUUUGACAAACCAAAGAAAUAUAUCGCAGCACAAGGACCAUUAGAACGCACCAUACCAGACAUUUGGCGAAUGAUCGUUGCAGAAAAUAUUCAAGCUGUUGCAAUGGUAACAAAUACAGUUGAAGAGGGAAAGCGGAAGUGCUUCCAGUACUGGCCCGACGAUGCUCUCAACCCUUGCCAAUAUAGAGGUUUCAAGAUAUCAUUGAUUCAACAAGAAGACUAUGCAGACUUCGUCAUUCGAAAACUGCAAUGCUCAAAAGAAGACUCCAAGAAGUGUCACACAGUUUACCAAUGUCACUAUACUGCAUGGCCCGACAAAGAUGUACCGGACACAGCACUGUCGCUAUUGCAGUUCUGGCGCAAAGUUCGCUCGUAUGCCAAUAGUGGUUCGAGUCCGCUGCUUGUGCAUUGCAGCGCCGGUGUUGGGCGGACCGGAACUUUCAUAGCGAUUGAUUACCUGUAUGAUCAGGGGAAUUCAAUACAAGAAAUCAAAGUUCAUGCUGCCAUUAACGCACUGAGGAAUCAACGUAUCAACAUGGUACAAACCAAGAACCAGUAUCUGUACCUACAUGAAGUUCUGUGUGAGGCACUUGAUCCCGUUGGAAACGUUGUCCAGAACAAAGAAUAUUCAACAACAAGCUCAUUGAUGCAAAGUGGUAUCGGCAGAGAACUUAAGCGACUGCGUGAGGCCGAAGAACUGAAAGCGACACAAUCAGCGAAUGAAACACUUGCUGUUGAAGAUAGAUUUAGACCAAUGCUGUGUCAAUCUGCCACAGGUGUAAACAAGUACGUCAACGCAGUCUACAUCAACACUUUCCGACAGCGGAACAAAUUAAUAUUAACUCCUGGAACUAUCGAGGGAAGCACAGACGUUGAUUUCUUAUGGUUAUUGCACGACUACAAACUGACAACCGUCGUAAUACUCGAUGAAAAGAUGGAACCCUACAUCCCUGACCAAGGUAAAAACACUGUCACCGGACCAUUCAGCGGAAAAUUGGUAUCGAAAACUGCACAAAGUCAUUACACAGAACUUGUAGUGAGAUUCCAAUAUUACGCCGAGCACGAUGGUUUUGACGUUCGGUUUCUUCACUUCUCAUUAUGGCCAAAGAAGACCAAAGUGUGCAAAAUAUCAGAUAAAAUGCAACUUCUGAUUGCCGCCCAAGAAAUUGCGACUGAUUCGCCAAUGGUUGUUCAGUGUCGUGACGGAUACACCCGCAGUGGUCUGUUCGCGGUUUUGUGGUGUAUUGUGGAGAGGAUUAAACGGGACGGGGAAGUGGCCGUGGCUGAAAGCGUUAGGAUGGCCAAGCGUCGAUGUCAACGAAUUAUUCCUAAUGAGGAGCAAUAUCGGUUUUGCCACGAGUUCGCAAAGCAAUAUGUGGAUGACUGCAAUACAUACGAAAAUACAGAGGACGGAACAAGAGCAAAAAAAAAAUAAAUAACAACCUGCCUCGUUUAAACAAAACAUGUCUAGACAUUAAUUUGUAAAGCCCCGAACAGGUGAUAUAAUCUAUAAAAAUCAUGAAAAAUUGCAAAUAGUGUAUGUAUACGAACUAUAAACAUUGCUUUACAGCGAACACUGUUUGUACUAAAGUGAAGUUGUUUCAAUACUAAGAGUUUAUUCCA